AUGUCGUGUGGGAAGGAGGAAGGCACGAAGGUGGUGCUCAUGUUUGCAGUGCACUGUUGGGCACAGAUUCAUACCAGCGUACAGUGCAAGCUGCAGUAUGGACAUUUGUCCUACUUACUUGGUGACAGGACAAGCAAAAGACUGACAGAGUACAGCAGAGUGAUCACUGUAGAUGGCAACAUAUGCUCGGGGAAAGGCAAGCUCGCGAAGGACAUCGCGGAUAUUCUAGGCAUGAAGCACUUCCCUGAAGCAGGGAUACAUUAUUCAGACAGUACCACAGGGGACGGGCGGCCCCUGGACCUGGAGAUGGCUGGCAGCUGUAGCCUGGAGAAAUUUUAUGAUGACCCAAGAAGCACUGAUGGCAACAGCUACCGCCUACAGUCCUGGCUGUAUGCCAACCGGCUCCUGCAGUACGCAGACGCCCUGGAGCACCUGCUGAGCACAGGACAAGGUGUAGUCUUGGAGCGGUCCAUCUACAGCGACUUUGUCUUUCUGGAGGCGAUGUACAAGCAGGGUUUCAUCCGAAAGCAGUGUGUGGACCACUAUUACGAGGUGAAGAACCUCACCAUCCGUGAGUACCUCCCCCCACACCUGGUGGUCUACAUCGACGUGCCGGUGCCGGAGAUACAGAGGCGAAUCCAGGCAAAGGGGGAUCCACAUGAAGUGAAGGUCACCACAGCCUAUCUCCAGGACAUUGAGAAUGCCUAUAAGAAUACCUUCCUCCCGGAGAUGAGUGAGAAAUGUGAGGUUUUACAGUACAGUGCAAGGGAAGUUGAAAACUCACAGAAGGUAAGAAAAUGGGAUGUUGAGCAUCUCCACAUUGUGAAGCGAGUCUGGCUACAAACGUCCAAGCGGCUCCAUCACAUUCGGCUCCUCAUUCACGAUAAGUGGGAAGUAUUAAACUACACAGCCAUCCCUGUCUAUCUCCCAGAAAUUACAGUUGGAGCUUACCAGAGUGCCCGGGUCUUGCAGAAGUUCAGAGAGGUGCCAGGCCGCAGGUAUGCUCCCGGGUACAAUGCCGACGUGGGCGACAAGUGGAUCUGGCUGAAGUGACCGGCCUCGCCCAGGUGUGUCUGCUCUGCCUGGCGCCGGCCACGAGCCUCACGGUGCGGGGAGAACCACGCACAGAGCCGGCGGGCGGGAGCCAUCCGCCCUGUGUGCAGUGGGCGGGAUUAAAAGAACCAACCUCUAUUUAAAAGGCUUUGGAACCCUAGAGCUUUAUUUUCAGAAAUUCCCAGAAUUGUCACUGUAAAGGCCGGCUCUCGCUCGAGGCUGUCGCCUUGUCGGAGCGGUUGUGUCACACAGCUCUUGGGUGCAAGAAAUAAAGUCAUCUCUGUGGAAA